AUGGCCGAUGCUCUUGCCUCACAAUUGAACAAUACAAGCUUAGGAGAAGCAAACUCGGAGGGGAAAUGGAAAGAGCAAAUAAAAGCCCCUGUUAAGGAUGGAAGGCCGCAAACUGAGGAUGUCACUGCUACCAAAGGGCUUGAAUUCGAAGACUUUUAUAUCAAACGCGAGCUUAUGAUGGGCAUUUUCGAGGCUGGCUUCGAAAAGCCUUCGCCAAUCCAAGAAGAAACGAUCCCGGUCGCCCUUACUGGCCGAGAUAUCCUGGCGCGAGCGAAGAAUGGUACGGGAAAAACGGCAGCUUUCGUCAUCCCUACGCUGGAGCGCAUCAACCCAAAGAGCACAAAAACACAGGCCUUGAUCCUAGUUCCAACAAGAGAGUUGGCCCUUCAAACAUCUCACGUUUGCAAGACUCUGGGAAAGCAUCUGGGAAUCAAUGUGAUGGUAACUACUGGAGGAACUGGCUUGAUGGAUGACAUCAUCAGAUUGAAUGAUGCCGUUCAUAUUCUUGUUGGAACCCCGGGAAGAGUAUUGGACCUGGCCAGCAAAGGGGUUGCCGAUUUGUCGGAAUGCCCUACCUUUGUCAUGGAUGAGGCCGACAAACUGCUGUCGCCUGAAUUUACCCCCGUUAUUGAGCAGCUCCUUUCGUUCCACCCCAAAGAUCGUCAGGUCAUGCUCUUCAGUGCCACAUUCCCUUUGAUUGUGAAGUCAUUCAAGGAUAAACACAUGCGCAAUCCCUACGAAAUCAACCUGAUGGACGAGCUCACUCUCCGCGGUAUCACUCAGUACUAUGCAUUUGUUGAGGAGAAACAAAAAGUCCACUGCCUGAACACGCUCUUCUCCAAGUUGCAAAUCAACCAGUCGAUCAUCUUCUGCAAUUCAACGAAUCGAGUGGAACUUCUUGCCAAAAAAAUCACAGAGUUGGGUUAUUCCUGCUUCUACUCACACGCCAGGAUGCUCCAACAACACCGCAACCGGGUUUUCCACGACUUCCGAAACGGUGUCUGCCGCAACCUUGUCUGCUCCGACUUGCUGACCCGUGGUAUUGACAUUCAAGCCGUAAAUGUCGUCAUUAACUUUGACUUUCCCAAAAACGCCGAGACCUACCUUCACCGAAUUGGCCGAUCCGGUCGUUUUGGGCACUUGGGUCUCGCGAUCAAUCUUAUCAAUUGGGACGACCGGUUCAAUUUGUACAAGAUUGAGCAGGAACUGGGGACUGAAAUCCAGCCCAUUCCGCAAAACAUCGACAAGAAGCUCUAUGUAUACGACUCGCCGGACACCAUCCCUCGCCCUAUUGCAAACCCUACACCGGCAAACCCGGCAGCAAGCACAGCUUAUAAUCAGGGCCCUUCGGAUCGUCGCCACAACCAUCACUCCAAUGGCAAUCACUAUCAGUUUAGCCGAGGGCGAGGCUCAUACCGAGGAGGUCGCGGGCAGGGUCAGCGCCGCAAUGUGCAGAACGAAACAAAUAAGCUUAACGCUCCUCACAGUCAGCAGCAGGGUGGUAAACCCCCGGCAGCACAAGUGUCUUAG